GUCGUCACAGCGUGAUCAUAUUUAUCCUUUCUUCACUUCUCCUUUUUCACAAAAGCCCCGGACGUCCGUGUUAGCAGCCUUGUUGCAGUCACCUCAAGGAUAACUGCCAAAUUCUGUUCAAAGGACUUAACACAGGUGCCUAAAAAAGGGCAAGAUUAUACAACAUGGGCAUGAGUAGCUUGAAACUGCUGAAGUAUGUCCUAUUUUUCUUCAACUUGUUCUUUUGGUUCUGUGGUUGCUGCAUCUUAGGAUUUGGGAUCUAUUUCCGAAUCCACAACAGCUUUGGGGUGCUCUUCCAUAACCUCCCCUUCCUCACACUGGGCAAUGCUUUCAUCAUUGUGGGAUCUGUUGUCAUGGUGGUCGCUUUCCUGGGCUGCAUGGGCUCCAUCAAGGAGAACAAGUGCCUGCUUAUGUCGUUCUUUGUUCUACUGCUGAUUAUCCUCCUUGCUGAGGUGACCUUGGCCAUCCUGCUCUUCGUAUAUGAACAGAAGCUGAGUCUGUAUGUGUCUGAAGGAUUGACUGACAGCAUCCAGCAUUACCACACUGACAACAGCACCAAGGCGGCAUGGGACUCUAUCCAGUCAUUUCUGCAUUGUUGUGGUGUAAAUGGUACAAGUGAUUGGACUUCAGGCCCACCGUCAUCUUGCCCCUCAGAUCCACAAGCUACGGGUUGCUAUGCAAAAGCAAAACAGUGGUUUCACUCCAAUUUCCUGUAUAUUGGAAUCAUCACCAUCAGUGUAUGCGUGAUCCAGGUGUUGGGGAUGUCUUUUGCGCUAACUCUGAACUGCCAGAUUGAUAAAACCAGCCAAGUCCUUGGGCUGUAA